AUGGACUCUUCACAGGCAUUUGUAGGGGAUUUUAGUGUAAAUAUGAACGGAGGUGGUGACACUCGGUUUAUGAACCAGUUUAAUUUGGGUGGCAAUAAUGGUAGUAUGGAGCUAUCCGAUGGACUGGACUUUAGCAGUGGCAUGCAUCUUAUGACAGACGCAUCGAUGAUGAUGAGUGGCAACUCAUCUACACUGACGGCAGGGCUCAUUGAUUUUCCAGACGAGCUCAACUCGCCCAAGGCGACGGCUAGUAACACAAGUAACAUGCUGAUGACGGAUACGUCUAUGUCCAUGAUGGCUGCAUCACCGGCUUCGACAACGUCGACAACUGAUGCGAUCCCGUUUCCGGCGUCAUUAGCCUCCGAGUCACUAAGUAGUAGUGGCACAUCGUCGUCGACGUCUACGGGCCUGGACGCGACGAAUUAUAUGAAUACGAGCACGACGAGUAGUGCAAUGGGAACUAAUAGCAAUGAAAUGGGCCUCGACAUGAACAUGGGGAUGAACUCGGGAAUGAAUUUAAGCAUGGGGAUGAACAAUAGGGGGAUGGAUAUGAGUGGAAACAAUUUUGGCAUGAACGACGCCAAUCAAAUGAUGUUUAACAACAUGCAGCAGCAAAUGAACAUGAUGAACCAGCAGGGAUCUUACUACAUGUCUCAACAACAAAUGCAGCAGCACUAUAUGCAGGCAAUGCAACAACAGCGUCAGCUAAACCUCCAACGUCAGCAGCAACAGCAGAAAGCGCUGCAUGAGCGCCAACGACAGGCACAGCAGCAGCAAGUACAUAAAAAUAACCAGCAGGCGCAGCAACAUCAAGCAGCACAUCAUAACCAGCAGCAGAUGCUUGCGGGGGGUCAAGUUCCAUCUCAAAUGGCUGCGCAAAGUCAAUUGAGCGGAGGUAACCAAAGUGCCAACGUAAACAUGAACACUGCGCGCCCUCACCCUCAAGCUUCAGGUCAAAACGCUGGAUCCACGACCUCUGCAACGCGCCCAUCGUGGCAAACGUCGGCUGAUCAGGCAUUGCGCAAGGAGAUGCUGAAUCAUAUUAUGCGGGUACUGCAGAAUCAACGGUCGAAUGCUCCAGCAAACUGGUUGCAGAAGUUACCGGAGAUGGCACACCGUCUUGAAGACGAGUGCUACCGCAUUGCUGCCUCUCGUGAAGAAUAUGCAAACACAAGCACGCUACAAUCGCGAUUGCGUAGUAUUGUGCGCAGUGCCCAGACUCACCAGCGAGUGGUUGGAAACAACGCAAUGCGUCAGCCUGGUGCACCAAACCAGUCAUCAUUAGCGAAUACCAGACCUGAAACUUCCGUGUCUCCUGGAAUGCCCAUUCCGUUUCCUGGUCUACACGCCGUUGCUCCCACGUCAAAUGGGCUGGGCCCAGAUUUGAAAAGCCUGGCUUCUCAGGCUAUCCAAAUGCCGCCGGAGCUUCAGGACCCGCCCUCGCAGAUGAACACUCCUGUUAAAGUAGAUACAUCCCAAGUUCAGAUGCGCAUGCAGUCAACACCCUCAGUGAUUGACUCGGUCAUGUCGGAACGUUUGUCUAUGACUGGUACAGGUAUUUCGCUUCCAGCUGGGCAGAACGAUGUGCAAACAACUUCGGGUGCUAGCGCAUCCAAUGGAAGAGGGAAUGCAAGCGGUUCCGGCCUUCAAUCUGCUAACUCUCCAGCUUCGGCUGCUCGUAACAAAUCGGCCCAGAUAAUAUGGCAGUUUAAAGCCAAAGCUCAGCAAGUAACAUCUGCAUUGGACAAGAACCAGACAACGGAGUACCACAACAAAUUACGACUCAUGGUUCGUGAAGAUAUAAAAACCGCUGGAUCAAAAGAAGUAUUGCAACGUCAGCAGCAACGGUUGCUGUUGUUGCGGCAUGCUAUGUGGUGUAAAUCGCCUGAGGGCAUGUGCACAACUACGCCGAGUUGUGGUGAGAUGAAACGACUGUGGGCUCACAUGGGUGCAUGCCAACAGACAAAUGCAUGCUCUUAUAGCCACUGCGUUUCAUCUAAGUACGUAUUAUCGCACUUCCAGCAGUGCGCAAACGCCAAGUGUCUUGUGUGCCAGGUCGUUCGAUAUCCCGUGGAAGUGAAGGAGAAAAAUGGUGCGUUAAUGCUAGAUGCGGACCGUGCGUUGCAGCAGAUUAUUGCUGCGAGCCAGCGUCGACAGCGCAUGCUUGCGAUGAAAAAGCAACAGGAAAUGCAGCAGCAGCAACAGAUUCUCUCGCAAGCACAGCAGCCUAUGCCAUUGACAAUGCCUGCGCACUUACAGCAGCCUCAAAGCAGCACUAACAUUGAGGCAAUGAACUUCCAGCAGCAACAACAACAACAUAAUGUUGGACGUGCUGUGAACCCUUCUACUCCGGUGGACGGAAACAUGAACGCGUUGGGAAUGGUGAUACCAAAUGAAGUUAGCCAUCCCAUCCCUAUGCCGACUGCACUGUCGAAUGCAGGGUCAAGUAGUAUGAUGGAAAAUGUGAAAGCAGAAAACAGUGGGUGCCCCACGAACCUUGUUCCAGACGACCAGCGGCAAUUUCAGCUUAUUAAGAAGAAGCUAAGCGGACGCUCUCUGGAACAGCUGACCGCGCAUUGCGUGAAGCUUGAAAAGUGGGUGGAAGAGAUUCGCGCGCGCAUGAAUGCCGUUAUGAACGAAUGUCGGCAGUUGUUGCAUCUGUCAAACUCUACGCAAGACCCAAUGCAGAAAACGAAGUAUGAAGCGCAAGUACAGGAGAAGCGAGUGAUGCUUAAACAGCUGGACGUGAAGUUUAAGCAAUGCAGGAGUCAGCGGAACAUUGUAAAGCAUGUGAUUAAUGAGCGCAAUGCUAUAACGUCAACGCUAACUCAGAAUGGUAUUGCGUCAAGUCACACAGUCAUGGAUAAUGCAGCGCCUGCACUGCAGCCUAUUCCAAUGCCUGCUCAAAUGCAACAGCAAAACCUUUUCCAACAGGUCCAGGGACCGGCUGCUAAAUUUCCAGGGACGUGUAUUAAGCCGUCGCCCGAUGACCUGCUGAGCGAAGAAGAUAUGGAUGUUCCGUUGAAAGUGAAUGGCAGCCUUUCAGUUGCGGGAAAGCCCCUGGCAAUGCCAAUGGACCUCCAAGACGUAGCUGCGACUCCUGUUUCGGUGGCUGUGCCAUUAAACACGUUAACAACCCCGCGUCAUGCAACCGGCAACCUUUCGGCGACAGUGAUGAAUGGUUUACGACCAGUUCUAUCGAUGGAUAAUGCUCAAGGUCAAGGACUUGGGUUGAGUCAAGAACAGAAGCAGGGCGAUAGAAAAGCGGAUAUUGCAACAACAGUCGCAGGUUCGACUGGUGGUACGGUAAAAGAAGAACCUCAGUCUGAUGAGUUAGGGACACCUUUUAAUCAGGCUGCUGUAAAGGAAGAUAUAGGCACCAAUCCACUAACGAUGAACAACUCAAAGCUGAACGCCAUGAUGGUGGAGCAUCGCCGAAUGGACGCCAGUACAACCUUGCAGCUGCCUGCAGGUGCCGUGGGAACACCGAAAGCAAUGAUUGCGGUUAGCAAAAGUGAGGCAAACUUGAGAUCAGCGGCUGUGGCGACACCGGCGCCUCCAGCGUCCUCGGAAGUUCCAAUGUCUGUGCUGAACGAACUGAGCAAUGAGGACCUAGCUUCUCAUAUUGACUCACUGAUUACGGGCUAUAAUGCAACAGUGUCUCCGGUGGAUCUUAAGAAGAAGCUGGAGGUAAUUUUGAAGGGAAUGAUGGAACACAAGUUUGGAUGGGUGUUUAAUACACCUGUAGACCCAGUGGCUUUGAAUAUCCCAAACUACUUUAAGAUUAUUCGGAAGCCGAUGGACCUGGGAACUGUUAAGAAGAAACUUGAAAUAGGCAUCUACAAGCACGCAGAGGAAUUUGCUUUUGACGUGCGUACUACAUUCCAGAACGCUAUGCAGUAUAAUAGCGAAGAUCAAGACGUCUACAGUCUUGCGAAGGAUAUGCUAUCUGACUUUAAUGGUGCAAUGCGCAAGCUGGCUGCUGAGGUUGAAGUUGAUGAAAAGGCGGCCCGUGGGAAGGAGAGCUCAUGCCGCCUAUGUGGUAUUGAACGCAUGGUUUUUGAACCAGCAGUAUUGUACUGCAACGGCGAGUGCAAUAGUCGUAUUCGACGCAAUUGCUACUACUACACAUCAGCAGAUAAUAAGUACCAUUGCUGUCAUCAGUGCUACGGUAACUUGCCUGAUGCCAUAAAACACAAUGAAGGCCGCCAGUACAACAAGAAUGAGCUUGCGCGUAAAAAGAAUGACGAAGUACACGAAGAACCUUGGGUACAGUGCGACAAGUGUGAACGUUGGGUUCACCAGAUUUGUGCUCUUUUCAAUGGCAAGAUUGAUAGUGAGAAGAAGCCGCAGCUGGUCAAGACCGAGAACGGCCAGACGACUGAUAGCAGUGAAGCAGCUUCGUCUCCUUCUUCGACUGCUACAAAGUCUUCCGACGCUACAACUACUACUACUACUACGGUAGUCAAGAAUUCUUCUUCCUCGGGAUCAAAGGGGACGGUCCAUUCAAUUACUACGUCACCUGGAAGCGAAUUUUUAUGCCCCGAAUGUCUGCUAGCGUACCGCAAAAGCGAACCAGAGAAGUAUAGAAUUGGUCGGCAUGCCUUCAGUGCAAGAGAUCUACAACGUACGAAGCUGUCCGAUUAUCUGGAACGCCGCAUCGCCAAGUCAUUAAAAGCAGAGCGCGAGGACGAGGCAAAAUGGACGCAGCGUGACGUGAAAGACGUAGAGACCGCCAACGGCCUCGCUGUGCGUUUGGUGUCAAAUAUUGAAAAACAGUUGAUGGUGCGUGAUAAGAUGUUUCAGCGGUACAAAGAUUCUCACAAGUACACGUCCGAACACCGAUUCAAGUCCAAGUGUAUUUGUAUGUUCCAGGAGUUGGACGGCGUGUCGGUCUUGCUAUUCGGUAUGUAUGUCCACGAAUUCGACGAGCAAGAAGCAGACUGCAACUCGCGACGAGUUUACAUCUCGUAUCUGGACUCUGUGAACUACUUUAAGCCGGCGCAUCUUCGGACAAAAGUGUACCAUGAACUGCUGAUCGCCUAUUUUGAAUUUGUCAAGCAACGUGGCUUUCAUACGGCACACCUGUGGGCAUGUCCGCCCCUAAAAGGUGACGACUAUAUUUUGUACUGCCAUCCAGAGGCGCAGAAAACGCCAAAGUCGGAUCGCUUGCGGGCUUGGUACGUGGAUAUGUUGGUCAAAGCAGAGGAGGAAGGGGUUGUGUGGCAAAUCACGAAUAUGUACGACGAUUACUGGCGCAACGACAAUACGCCAUGCGCACUACCGUACUUCGAAGGCGACUACUGGGUCGGCCUGGUAGAAGACUUGAUCGAGAAGUUGGACGCUGAAAAACCAAAGAAGAUUGUAAAUAAACGUGGUUCCAAGUCGCAGAAGCGCAAAAGCUCGGAUACGAAGAAGGCAGCGAUCAAGAAGUCUAAAUCGAAGAAGGUAAAACGUCGUAAGACCGUGUCAGGUGGAGAGGUGUCCGGCGAGGAGGGCGAGGACGACGAUGGUCACGAGGACACGUCGUCAACGAGCAAUCGUACGCUUACUUUGAAGUCGUUAGACACGCCAGAUCGGAAAUUAUCGGACCCUCUUAUGGCCAAAUUGAGCGAGGUGAUCGAGCCCAUGAAGGAUGAUUUCUUGGUGGUGAAACUAGUGCCUUGUUGUCGGGUGUGCAAUACGUCAGUGGUGCAGGGUACACUGUGGCGUGACCAUACUGUGAAAACCGAACAAGGUCUAAACCCGAAGGUGGUGCAAACUGCGUUGUGCGAUGAAUGCUUCCAGAAACUGAAGGUCGUAUCCACCGCAGGUUCGUCAGCGACUCAUCACCGACUGCAGACACGAUUGAAUGCUCUUACAAAAGAAACAGCGACAUUGCCAGAGCGCUGUACAGACCCAGACGAUAUUAACGACAGUGAGUUUUUUGACACGCGACAGGCCUUUUUGAGCCUGUGUCAGGGCAAUCACUACCAAUUUGACGAACUGCGUCGCGCAAAGCACUCGUCCAUGAUGGCUUUGUAUCAUUUGGGCAACCCGAACCCGAAUGCCUAUGUGUACGAGUGCAACGCUUGUACGCGCGAUAUUGUGACGGGCAAUCGCUGGCAUUGCCAUACGUGCCCAGACUUCGACGUGUGUGAUACUUGCAAUGCCAAAGAGAAGCACGACCACCCGCUGGAAAUGGUGCCUACGAGUGGUGCAGGUGUCGGAGGUGGUGUUGGUGGUGCUGGUGGGUCUGGAGGAGCUCAGGCACUUACACCAGAAAAACGACGUCUUCGCGAGCAGCGUGCCAAGAACGUUCGUUUGCACAUGCAAUUACUGGUUCACUCGAGUUCAUGUGCUGAUGGCAAUUGCGGGUCGUCAAACUGCGAGAAGAUGAAGGAACUGAUGCGCCAUGGAGCGCAGUGCAAGCAGCGAGCGUACGGCGGUUGCACGAUCUGUCGGCGAGUGUGGGCACUUCUGCAGCUUCACGCCCGACAGUGUCGUCAAUAUGAAUGCAAGGUGCCGCGCUGUCACGAUCUUCGUGAACACGUUCGCAAGUUGCAAUUGCAGCAACAACUCAUGGACGACCGGCGACGUGCAGCAGUCACGCAGCAGUACCGUCAAAUGCAGAGUGAGCGCAAACAGGAGCAAGAGAAUCAAACUAAAAGUGAUGAGGCCAUGACGCAGACAUGA